AGGAGAGCGUGCCCAUCCUGGAGCAAUUCAAGCGCGUCCUGGGCCGGUCCCGCGAGGCGGCAGAGGAGCUCUCCGCAGACGUGGAGCUGCUGUCGGCCAUGUUCCAGCUGCAGACCCAGGAAAACAAGAAGAUCUUGGAAGAGAUCCGCGAAGUCGAGUCCGAGGUCAAGAAGGUGACCUCACAGCUGGUUGGCGAGCAGCUGAAGAACAAGCACAAGGAGCAGCGGCUCCAGAAGACGGAGACCCUCUACCUGCGCACGAUGGCCGCCCGCAAGUCCAUUCACGACAGCUACCUCGAGCAGGAGGGCGAAAUCCGCGCGGCCGAGCGGCGGAUCCAGGAGCACGAGGCCGACCGGCAGGAGCUGCUGCAGGUCUUGGAGGGCAGGGACUCCGAGAUAGUGCAGCUCACCGAGGACCUGCGGCGGUCGAGGCAGAGGAUGGGGGAGCUGCAGAGUCAGGCCCCCCUGGGGGCUGGCCCGCGCGAGGAGUACUCGGAGUGCACCGGCAGGUCUGGCGUGGAUGCGCUCGCCGUCUUCCGCAGCCAGUGGCCGCCGCCUGCGGGAGUCCUCGACGAGGC